AUGGAUGGCAGUGAGGACUUCAUGGAGAAUGUGGCUAUUGUAAUUGACCCUGGAUCGGGCUAUACCAGAGCGGGAUUUUCCGGAACUGAGAGGCCAAAAACUGUGACAAAAUCACUGGUUCAAAUGAAAAUGAUGGACCAAUGUUAUUUUGGAUUACAAAUUCCCAGCAAGGGCUCAGAUAACCUCAGUCUCAAGAGUCCAGUCACCAAUGGAAUUAUUACUGACUGGGAUUCCACAGAGAAGCUUUGGAGUCACAUAAUUUAUGAAAAGCUGCAGGUGUGCCCCAAAGAGCAUGGCAUUCUGGUCACCGAUCCUGCAUUUUCACCCAUCUAUAACAGAGAGAAAAUAGCUGAGCUUCUCUUUGAGAAGUUUUCUGCCCCAGCCAUGUAUGUUAACUACCAGCCAGUGUUAUCUAUGUACUCUUCUGGACUAGUCACUGGUUUAAUAGUGGACUCAGGUGCUAGUAUGACCUCAGUUUCCCCUGUCUGCAAUGGGUACUGUUUACCUCAUGCCACCUUUCACAUGGACCUUGCUGGGCAGGCUAUAUCAGACUAUCUCAGUAAGCUGAUUAAAGAUCUUGGCUAUGGCUACAUUUCCUGUGUGGAGGAGAUGAAGAAGAGCUGCUACAUUUCCCAGAAUUAUGAGACAGAGCUGAGGGGGGAGCUGAGACGCCAACCACUAGACUAUCGGCUCCCAGAUGGCACCACUUUCAGCCUGGGAGACGAACGCUUCCUCUGCCCUGAGAUCCUCUUCCACCCCUCCAUCGCUGGGGUGUCUAAGCCUGGGGUGCACGUCAUGGCAAUGAACAGCUUGCAGAAGUGCAACCCCGAGUGGCGGGAUGCCUUGAUGACCAACGUGGUGUUGUGUGGAGGCUCCUCCCUGUUCAGUGGGCUAACAGAGCGUCUGCAGAUGGAGAUGGAGAAGUUGGCCCCGAGGGAUUCUGGGGUCAGAGUGAUGUCAGGUCCCCAUCAGGAAUGUUCCUCCUGGGUGGGGGGCUCCAUCAUCACUUGCCUUAGCAGCUUCCAGCCCAUGUGGGUGAAGAGGCAGGAGUACGAGGAGGAGGGCUCUGCUGUGGUGCGCAAGAGAUGCUUCUAG